CCUCCUCCUCUUCCUCCGCCGCCCGUGUUGUUGUGGCUGCGAGGAGUCCGCGGAGGUCGCCGCCCCCGCCCCUCUCCCGACCGGGCCGCAGCCACGUGACUCAGGUCCCAGGCUGGGUUGCAGCAUGAGCAUAUAAAUGAAACGGCUAAACCGUUACAACCAUAAAAUGGAAGGAAGAGGAGACACAGCUAUACGUAGUAGGUGAAAAAAGAUGGACCAGUCGUCCCCAACCUACAUGAUUGCCAACUUGACCCCUUUGCACUCGGAACAACUCCUGCAGGGCUUGAACCUCCUCCGGCAGCACCAUGAGCUCUGCGAUAUCAUCCUUCGCGUCGGAGACGUCAAGAUCCACGCCCACAAAGUGGUGCUCGCCAGCAUCAGUCCGUACUUCAAAGCCAUGUUUGGCGGCAACCUCUCAGAGAAAGAGAACUCAGAGGUGGAAUUCCAGUGCAUCGCCGAGGCUGCCCUGCAGGCCAUAGUGGAAUAUGCCUACACAGGGACCGUGUUCAUCUCUCAGGACACAGUGGAGUCCCUGCUGCCUGCUGCCAACCUCCUGCAGAUCAAGCUGGUGCUGAAGGAAUGCUGCACCUUCUUGGAAAGCCAGCUGGAUCCUGGAAACUGCAUUGGAAUCUCCCGCUUUGCGGAGACGUACGGCUGCCACGACCUUUACUUGGCCGCCAACAAAUACAUUUGCCAGAACUUUGAAGAUGUUUGCCAGACGGAAGAGUUUUUUGAACUGACUCAUUCCGAGCUGGACGAAAUAGUUUCCAAUGACUGCCUGAAUGUGGCCACCGAGGAGAUGGUCUUCUACGCGCUGGAAUCCUGGAUCAAGUAUGACGUGCAGGAACGCCAGCAGUACCUGGCCCAGCUCCUGCACUGCGUGCGGCUGCCUCUGCUGAGCGUUAAGUUCCUCACGAGGCUGUACGAAGCCAACCAUCUCAUUCGCGAUGACCACACCUGCAAGCACCUGCUGAACGAAGCCCUGAAGUACCACUUCAUGCCUGAGCACAGGCUGUCUUACCAGACGGUGCUCACCACACGGCCCCGCUGCCCUCCUAAAGUGAUCUGCGCUGUGGGAGGGAAGGCUGGACUCUUCGCUUGCUUGGAGAGCGUUGAGAUGUACUUCCCUCAGAACGACUCCUGGAUAGGCCUGGCACCUUUGAGCAUCCCUCGCUACGAGUUUGGGAUCUGCGUCCUGGACCAGAAAAUCUACGUCAUAGGAGGGAUCGCAACCCACAUGUGCCAAGGCAUCAACUACCGGAAGCACGAGAGCUCCGUGGAAUGCUGGGACCCCGACACAAACACCUGGACGUCUCUCGAGAGCAUGAACGAGAGCCGCAGCACCCUGGGGGUGGCGGUUCUGUCACGAGAAAUCUACGCCUUGGGGGGCUACGAUGGGCAGUCCUACCUGCAGUCCGUGGAGAAGUACAUUCCCAAGGUGAAGGAGUGGCAGCCUGUGGCGCCGAUGAGCAAAACCAGGAGCUGCUUUGCCGCAGCCGUUCUGGAUGGAAUGAUCUAUGCCAUUGGAGGUUACGGCCCUGCUCAUAUGAACAGCGUGGAACGUUACGAUCCCAGCAAGGACUCCUGGGAGCCAGUCGCUCCGAUGGCGGACAAAAGAAUAAACUUUGGCGUUGGGGUUAUGCUGGGCUUUAUUUUCGUGGUCGGAGGGCACAACGGUGUCUCCCACUUGUCCAGCAUUGAGCGAUACGACCCUCAUCAAAACCAGUGGACUGUUUGCCAGCCGAUGAAGGAGCCCCGAACAGGAGUUGGUGCGGCUGUAAUUGACACCUACCUUUAUGUAGUUGGCGGACACUCAGGGUCAUCCUACCUGAACACUGUACAGAAAUACGACCCCAUAUCGGAUACCUGGCUGGACACGGCUGGCAUGAUAUACUGCCGGUGCAAUUUUGGCUUGACGGCGCUAUGAAGAGGGCGCAACUGGCACAGGCUGUGGAGACCGGAAGCUGCACUUCCUGGAGUCGGGAGGAAGGGGGAAAAGCUCAAAUGAAAUGCAGACAGGUUAACCCCAAACGAGAAUUGUUCCUGGUUAUUGCUGAUCACAAAGAAGCGAAGGGCGAAAAAAUGGAGCCAUGUUCCUAGCAGGGACCCAGGCUGCAUACUGUCAUUAUAAUUCAUCUCGAUGCAAGAAUCACUGUGUUGCCUGAAGUAGGCGUAGAAACUCCCUGACUCAUGGAGCUUUGUCCUCUUUCUCCUCCUCCUCCUCCUCCUCUGACUGACGUAGUUAACCUUGGUGAAGACUGCCUGGUUGAUGUCUGGCUCCAUCUUUGCAGUGAGAGACCAUCAUUGCUUCACAAUUUUUUUAUGAACAGUUAACUAAAGGGCUGCCUCUCCCCCCCCAUCCCCCAUUACUCCAGGUUUGUAAAUAACUGAUGCGGUCGUCGUCUGUUUGCCUGCACUUAGUACCCAUUCCCUGUUGUUUUUCUUAACUUGCUUGUGUGGAUUUGGCGAGUGGACGAGCGGGUGGCUCUCUUUAAGUUGAUAAGCUGAAUGCCUUUUUAGCCCUGCACUUUCUGGAGUUGCCUACCUGUCUAAAACCGGUAACCCUUCUUUCCCUUCUCCUUAUCUGAAUGAAAGGAUCGACAGCUUUCAAUCCUGACACAGAGAUAGCAGUUUAGACAGCAAACCCUUCCACGCCUCUUGGGUUGUUUGUGUGUGUGUGUGUUUAUCAUGUUUAAUCAGUUUUGCAGCAUGUGUGUAAAAAUACUUCAAAAAGAUAGAAAUGUCCUCUCUCCCUUCACACUCCAAUCUGUAAUAAUUGGCCCAUGUAUGACUGUAAAGAAUGUACAACCAAGUUUUCAAAGUCUUCUGAUUCUAACAUGGUGCUAAGAAAAGAUUUGUUUAUUCUUGAGCAAGGCUGUUGGUAGUCUAAGGCUCUCACCCGCAGCACAAUUGCAAGGGAGCAAAGUCCCGUUGAAACGAGAGGGACCAGCUUCCUAGUAAAUAGGAAAGGAUUGUGCUGUCCUGAUGGUUUGGCGAAAGGAGCAGGAUCUGCCGAGUCUGAGGUGGUCUGAAGCCGAUGUGGUGACUGCUGCCAGUGUACAUGCUGGCGGUUUCUUGUUUUGACAUUUACCUUCUGUUUCUUUCACCCGUGCCUGUGCAACAUGUCAGACAUUUAACAUCAUAGCAUUUCAUUAGAUUACCUCAUUUGGAGAACUCUUACUCAGAUUCUUAAUGAACGGAAAGUAUAUUCUUCCACAUAGAAUUCUUGCCUUUUCCCUUUAAGACAAAUAAUUAGGCAGCAUUGAUCCCACUACUUUCCGUCUUUCCAAGCAAAUGCUGCUGUUCAGCCAUUUCAGGAGGACUUGCCCAGUGCUGGCGAAUUGCUCUCCAGCAGGGAUAUUUCCUGUAAGAAAUAUUCAUCUAAACUUAGUUUUAAGUUCUGAAGGGGUUAAGUAAGACCCUGUGUGGUCAUCCUCAUUUCAUACAGGUGACUGUGAAACUAGGUCUUCAGAUUUCCAUUUUGUGUUUGCCCCCAUAUAUUUCUACUUUGUUCAGGUAGCUAUACUUUGGCUGUUGUGUUUGCCCACUUUCCUUCCUCUCAAAAUUAUUUCUCCCCUCUUUUUUCUCUAUUUAACACAAGUUACUUUCUCCCCAGUUAUUCAUAAUUCACAAGCAUACAGCAAUGGGGUAUGCAGUUUGUUUCUGUUAAGUCUUCUACUUAUGAACUUGUUCCAAGUUCUAAUAGGGUAAACUACACUGUUUUUCCCCUUCCUUCCUUCCUUCCUUCCUUCCUUCUUUCCUCCUCCUCCCACGAGCUCAUGUUUAGACUGACACUAGGAGAGCACAGACAAAGUUGCAUCACAUUUCUACGUACGCUUGCAUGUACUGUGUUUUCCCGAAACUCUCCUUAAGAUGUUAAGGGAGUCCAGCAGAGUUUUCAAGCAACUAAAUGACCGAACAAGCACUUCCUGCCUAGUGGCUGCAGGGUGGCUUGUCAAUUCUUGUUCCUCAGCAAUAAUAGCAUCAUGCAAACAGUUGCAGUGACCUUUCAUGUACGGAAUUGUGCACUUGGAGGAAUUCCUGUUCAUUUCUGUGAGGCUUCCUUCGGAGAUGCUCACUGUGGACAGCGCGAAGAAAACCUUAAGCAAUUUAUAGGAGGCCGUCAAAGCUGUUUCGGUUCUCCUGUGUUCGUGAACUACUUAAUUUCAGUUCAAGAAAAACGCUUGGUUAAACGGUUCACAUGCGCUAGCGCUCUCUCGCUCUCUCUGAGGUGCCUUUGAACUUAGAAGCAGAUGGAUUAUUGGAACUCCUAGCCACAAGGCAUGACCGGAGGGCGAGGGAGGGAGGGAGGGUAUGAAAUGGUUGCAGGAUGCAAAGGCCUUGAUGAGCACGUGGUUGCCCUCGUUAUCUGCUAUGCCCCUUGAGCCUCCUGCAAAGCAUGACCUGCUGCUAGGCUGUCGUCGUAAGCAGAGCUGGCAGUUUCUCACCAUGCUUAAGGACCCCUGAGCCAAGGAUGUGUUUGGAAACGCCGUGAUUGAAUCCUGGCCGUUGCCCAUUCCUAAGCUGCCCUGCUGGAAGGAGGUGGCAUAUAGUAUCCGGCAGAGGGUCCAACUAAUCCAAAUGUAGCAGCUUUUUAUCAAGGGCCUCUGGGCACUUUCAUUGGGCAACCUACAAAAUUGUUAACUUAUUGGAAUCUAGCCCUGUAGAUGUUCAUGAGUUCUUUAAAAAAAUACAUUUAUGUAGAGCACUUGCAUUAUAAACCAGUGUGCUAAGGAGCAAAUAACUGUUUUUAGUCAAGAACGGAUUGAUUCCUUGCAGGGUAAUUUGUGAGUGUGGUAGAUGCAAGUCUAGGGAGUGGCAUGUUUCAGCAAGUUUGCCAGACUCCCUUUUCCCAUUCACCUAAGUGCUCAGGCAUAAGGCAAACCGAACAGCCCAGCUGUCACACUUCUAGGCUGCAAUAAGCUUGCUGUAGUUCAGCAACUGUCUUGUCUCGCAGAGAAUGCCUUUCCACGUAAGACAUUGCCCAAGGUCCUGCUUAAGUCAUCAUCCCCGUGUGUUAAAGCAACUGUAGACCAGGGGGAGUGUGUGCCUGCUAUCGGUCAGAUUUGCAUUAAUGGGUGGCUCAAGGAGAAAGAAGCAGACACACUGCCCACGCCGGAAAGCGCACUUCCCUUCCAUCAGGAACGUAGAGCCGAGUAGAUUGAAGGGGUGGCAGGUGUGAGGUAUGCUGGGCUGCACAUGGUGCUCCUUGGUGCCACAAGACUGUUGUCAUUCAGCUCCUAAAAGGACCUGAGGCAGAACACUGGAAAGUGUUGCGGUUCCACCGUGGCGUUGCCCUGGGCACCUGUUUGUCGCCUUGCUUGCAUUCGCCCACCAGAGAUAACGAAGUUCAUUCUUGUUGCUUUGUGACCCCUUCCGUUGUGUGUGAGAACAUGAGCACUCCACGCUUGCCUUAAACCCCUCUGAACUCACUGAAAGAGCUGGGUGACGGCUCCUCUCUUUGCCUUACAUGGGAUGUGCUGUCACCUCUCUGGCCCAAGGCAAAGCCAGCUUUUAAAGCAGGAUUCCGACCCCUCAUGUACUGUAGCUUUCAACGCGACUCUGACCCCAUGGGUUUGCUGGGCAACUAGCAUAGCUUCCUACCAGCGGGCUUCGUGUUCUCCCGCCCCGUUUACAAAGGUGGCAUUUGAGUUGAGUGGGAACCUGCUCAGCAACCUCCUUGUUCUUUUGUGUUUGCUAAGUGUGAUAAUGUUCUUUUCCUCAUUGUAACGGUAUUUCAUUUGGUUGUGCGAUGUUUACUAAAUAAAUCAGUGAAAGCAAGCA